UAGGCGGCAGCAGCAGCAGAAAUAAAGAGAGAGAGAGAAAAAAAAACAUUUUUGAUCGAAAACAAAAUGGACGACGACAAGGAAAGAUUUCUUAUGGAGUUUGGGGAGUAUUAUGGAUACCCUAAUUCUCCCAAAAACAUCGAUCAAAUUAGGUCUUCCGAAUUCAAGAGAUUGGAAGAACUUGUUUACUUGGAUCAUGCUGGAGCAACUUUAUAUUCCGAGUCCCAGAUGGAAAUGAUCCUUAAAGAUUUUACUACUAAUGUUUAUGGAAAUCCUCAUAGCCAAAGCGACACUAGCUCAUCCGCUUCUGACUUAGUUAGGUCUGCUCGUCAACAGGUCCUUGACUAUUGUAAUGCAUCCCCUAAGGACUACAAAUGCAUAUUCACUUCGGGAGCAACGGCCGCAUUGAAACUAGUUGGUGAGGCAUUUCCUUGGAGCAAAGAGAGCUGUUUUAUGUACACAAUGGAGAAUCACAACAGUGUCCUUGGGAUUAGAGAAUAUGCUCUUGCUAAAGGUGCUGCUGCUUUGGCUGUGGAUGUGGAAGAGAUUGAGAAUCAGAACGGUCAUCCUAGAAAUGAUCUAUCUUCGCUCAAGUUAUCUCAGCGUUCUGCACAAAGAAGGAGCAGAACCGAAAUUUUUGAAGAUAUCCCUACAGCAAAUUCUUUAGGUAGUGCAUACAAUCUAUUUGCUUUUCCUUCGGAGUGCAAUUUUUCUGGUAUGAAAUUUAGCCUAGACUUGGUGAAGCUUAUGAAGGAAAAUUCAGAAAGAGCUUUGGAAGGCUCACCAUACUCCAGUGGACAGUGGAUGGUCUUGAUUGAUGCUGCCAAGGGAUGUGCCACACAACCACCGGAUUUAGCUAGAUUUCCGGCUGACUUUGUUGCCAUCUCAUUUUAUAAGAUAUUUGGUUAUCCAACAGGGCUCGGAGCUCUCGUUGUUCGUACAGAUGCAGCGAAGUUGCUGAAGAAGACAUACUUCAGUGGAGGCACAGUAGCUGCUUCCAUUGCUGAUAUUGAUUUUGUUAGGCGAAGGGAGGGUAUUGAGGAAUCCUUUGAGAAUGGAACUAUAUCUUUCCUGAGCCUUGCUUCCCUCCAUCACGGGUUUAGAAUAAUUAAUAACCUUACUCUAAACGCCAUAGACAGGCAUACGUCAUGUCUCAUGUCUUACGUAAGAAAGAAGCUUUCGGCCUUGAGGCAUGGAAAUGGUGCUGUUGUUUGCACACUGUAUGGAGAUCUUACAAAGAUGUCUUCCCGUGAAUGGGGCCCUACUAUAUCCUUCAAUUUCAGACGCCCCGAUGGGUCGUGGCAUGGAUAUCGUGAGGUGGAAAAAUUGGCGUCUUUAUCUGGAAUUCAGCUAAGGACGGGAUGCUUUUGCAACCCUGGCGCAUGUGCAAAGUAUCUUGGUUUAUCUCAUACGGAUCUUUUUUCCAAUUUUGAGGCUGGUCAUGUCUGCUGGGAUGAUAAUGACAUACUUAAUGGAAAACCUGUGGGUGCUGUCAGAAUUUCCUUCGGUUAUAUGUCGUCAUUUGAAGAUGCCAAGAAAUUCAUCAGCUUCGUAGUAAAUUCUUUUGUGCCGCUACCAAAUUUAGCUGGAAAGGGUUAUCUAUGUAGCGGAGAGUCAACUCCUUUCUCAGGCAAAGAUGUCCAUCUGAAGGCCAUUACUGUCUAUCCGAUAAAGUCAUGUGCAGGAUUUAGUGUUGAUAGCUGGCCUCUAAGCAGUACAGGACUGCAACAUGAUCGAGAAUGGCUUCUUAGAAGUGCCAGUGGUGAAAUUCUUACCCAAAAAAAGGUUCCAGAAAUGUGUCUUAUUAGUACAUUCAUUGAUCUUGCUCAAGGAAUUUUAUACAUGGAGUCACCGCGGUGUAACAUCAAACUGCAGAUCAAUCUUGACCCUGCUUUGUCUGAUGGAGUGAAAGGAGAAAUGGAUUUACAGUCUCAGAGAUAUGAAGUGCAGUGUUAUGGCAAAGAAGUAGACCUUUGGUUUACAAAAGCCAUUGCUCGGCCCUGUACUUUACUGAGAUGCUUCCCUUUGGAAAAUCCCUGUUUCAUGGACGAGAGCCAAAGUUUAGGCAUCUGCAGAGAUGUCAAAUGUAAAUUGAACUUCGUCAAUGAAGCACAAUUCUUACUUGUAUCGGAGGACAGUGUCUCUGAAUUGAAUAACAGGUUAAUGUCAAAUAUACAGAAGGGAAAUUGUGAACAGCCGGUUAAUGUUGAUCCAAUGAGAUUUCGUCCCAACCUUGUGAUAUCUGGUGCAGAACCAUUUGCAGAGGACAACUGGAGAAGUCUUAUUAUUGGGAAGGCAUACUUUACAUCACUAGGUGGUUGCAAUCGUUGCCAGAUGAUCAAUCUUGAUCCAGUCACUGGACAUGUGAAGAGAUCGAAAGAACCUUUAGCAACUUUAGCUUCAUUUAGGCGGUUAAAGGGAAAGAUUUUCUUUGGAAUCUUGUUAAGGUAUGAAAACGGGGAGGCAGUGGUAGGACUGAAAGAUAACGAAGAUGUGACACCACAGAUUCAAGUCGGACAAAGGGUAUAUCCUGAAUCUAGGGUGGAAUGAUUAACAGUGAGGUUAAACCAGGCCGACAGAAACCUGAAGGAUUUUUUGACCAUCAGUCCUUCAACCUGCUGCUUCUUUGUUCGGCGGGAGAGAACGGAACUUGGAUAUAUCAUGCUGAUGAAGUAUUUCAUGAACUGUGUACUAUUACCAGUUUGUGCUAAUAAUGAUAUGGGGAUGUAAUUAUGUAUGCUGGUAUAGAAGGUUAUAUUUAUCUUUUCCUUUUUUUUUCUCGUCAUAAAUGCAUUUAGAAUGUGCAAGUUGUAUAUUUGAUUGGAACAUAUUUGCAUUUAGCUCGAAUGCUUUAAUUCAGCUAGCUUCUGCUGAACUUCACUACGACCAGCGUUCAAGUCAUUGAAAUCUUUCGUA